AUGCACAAAAACUUCUCCAAUGAACCACUUCAUCAGAAACACCUUUGGCAGAGGGCAUUUCUGCUUGGGAUGAGGAUUCUGCAGCAUCCAGCAAAAGUUCCUAAAAGCCUUGUUCGAGCCUCUCGCAGGAUGGAAACAGGAGAAGCUCUUCCACUGCCUGGAAGUUCUUGGAAUGGGAAUUUAAGCAGUUUCAGUCAUGGGACCACAGCAGGCAGCCACUGGCCAAACACAGCCUCUGGAGUGACAGUAACAACCCCAGACAUGUGGCUGGGUGCUGCCAAUUCAAGUGAAUACCCAUAUGAAUACCUGGAUGAGGAGGAUUAUGAGCUCUAUGGCCCUUGCACCAAAGAGGAGGUGCUCUCCUUCAGCAGGGUGUUCUUGCCAUCAUUUUACACCGUGAUCUUCCUGGUUGGAAUGGCUGGGAAUGCCCUGCUCUUUACUGUCCUCCUCAUGUACAUCAAGAAGAAAAAGAAGAUGACUGAGCUGUAUCUGCUGAACCUGGUGGUUUCAGACUUCUUCCUGCUACUGACCCUUCCUUUCUGGGCUCUGUACAUUUCUCAGUGGGUCACCUGGGACAUCUUGUGCCCAUUCUUAAACGCCAUGUACACUCUGAACUUCUACAGUGGCAUCUUCUUCGUGAGCUGCAUGAGCCUGGACAUGUAUCUGCAGAUAGUUCAUGCUUGCUCUCCUCACAGCUCCAUGGUGUGGAGGAAUUCCAUCCUCGUCUUGCUGGUGAUGUGGAUCCUUUCCAUAGCUCUCUCCAUUCCUGAUGGCCUCUUCACCAGCAUAAGGCAAAUUCACAACAAAACCAUCAUGUGCACCCAGGAUUAUGGCCAGGAACACUUAUUUUGGAAAGUUGUCUUUCGGGUCAUUCAAAACACCCUGGGAUUCCUUUUCCCCUUCCUCUUCAUGACAUUCUGCUACUCCCGCAUUGCGUGUGUCGUCAACACCUCACAGAUACCUGGCUCCGGGAGAGCUCUCUGCUUAGUCCUUACUCUGGUGGGGGUCUUCUUUGUGCUCUGGUGUCCUUACAACGUUGUGCUCAUCCUCCACUCCCUGCAAGAUGUUGGUGUGAUCAGGAGCUGUGAAAGCAGUAAGAAACUGGACUAUGCCCUGCAGAUCACAGAGAGCUUGUCCUUUGUCCACUGCUGUCUCAAUCCCUUGCUCUAUGCUUUUGUGAAGAAACGGUUCAGGGCAUAUUUGUGGAAGAUCCCUCAGGCCAUUUUCAGGAGAGGAGCUUUCUUUUCCAUCCAGGACUCCCAGACGAGCCCAUCUUGCAGCAGAUACACAGCUCAGAUAGAAAUGUUGAGCAUCACAAAUGCAUCAUAA